AUGGCAGAUCAGAAAGACUGCAUUCAGUGGGUGAUGGAAUGUUCGCCAACGCAAAAACCGUGGUCUGCUGAGAGAAUAGUGCACGAGCUGAUGGCACUUUGGUUCGGAUCAGUUCAUGUCCUCACAACGACCAUUUGCUACGCAGUGCAUGAUAUUUGCCUCCAUCCGGAAUAUGUUGAACCGCUUCGAAAGGAACUCCAAGGCCCGGAAUGGGAAGCUUUUGAAAAAACAGGAAAAGGCCUACCACUCCUGGAUAAUUUUAUCAGAGAGUCUUCCCGUUUAACUCCAGUUGAGUCAAUGAGCACGCGUCGACAGGCAUUGCAGCCAUUCCAGUUAUCAGACGGGACCAAAAUUGAAAUCGGAGAUUGCUUCUGUACUCCGCAGCGAGCGAUGGCAAGGGAUCCCGCCUAUUUCGAAAAGCCACUCGACUUCCACGGUUUCCGAUUCGUGGACCCAAGGGUGCUCGCGGGCCUCGAACAGCCAGGUUUUAAUAUACCCGAGACUGCGAAACCCUCGCAGCUUACGGAUACUAGCAAUUCGCAGCUCUGGGGCACUGGACGCAUGGCAUGCCCCGGGAGAUUCUACGCCGCAGCGGUUAUGAAAAUAAUUCUUGGGCUAUAUCUCACCAAGUAUGACAUGGAGUUGGCAGACAAGAAGGCUCCGCGUUGGUUUACGUGGAGGUCAUUUAUCUACCCAAGCGCCAGCACAAUUGUGAUUCUUCAGCCCACUGGGUCGACUGAGUAA